AUGACGUGUAAGAAGUACUGUGAGUACGCUCCCUUCCUGGAUGUCACUGAGGAGGAGCAGGAGCAGGACGGCGAGGAGGGCCCACCCCAAGCAGGACCUGAAGAAGAAGACGGAGGAGAGGCCUUCUCCUUUAAGUACAGCCCUGGGAAGCUUCGGGGAAACCAGUACAAGAAGAUGAUGACCAAGGAGGAGCUGGAGGAGGAACAGAGAGUUCAGAAGGAACAGCUGGCAGCCAUCUUCCAGCUCAUGAAGGACAACAAGGAGACGUUCGGCGAGAUGUCCGACGGCGACAUGCAGGAGCAGCUCAGGCUGUACGACAUGUAGGCUGCCCGGCCCGGCAAGACGCGCCGACUGCUGACCCGGGACUCCGCCCUGAUGCGCGACCCGCGGCCCGAGCCCCUGUGACUUUCAGACUUUUGUAGGCUUCAUUCUAUCUUAGAUACGUAGAUGCAGAUGUAUAUUAUAUACGGAUUUGCUCUGGCCUUUCAAUUUAUAUAUCAUUUUACAGGAUUCAGAAUUGUCGUCUUCAGAGGAGAAAAUCCUGGACUCCUUUGGCUUCUGCUGCUGGUGAGGGUGCACUGUCACACAGGUGACCCUCCGAGGCUGUCUUCUGAUCCAGGUUAAAUCUUCUGUGCAGAUCCAGGGCAGGCAGCAGCCCCGAGGGCCACUGGAAUGCUCAGCCCCCCAGCACCGGGUAGGGAAAGGAUUCAGGGGUGCUACGGGGACGAUGAGCAUCAGGGCCUGCUGCCUGAGUGUUCAGGCUAAUAACGCUACACUCUCACUCUGCCUUAGAAGGACUUUUGGAAGCUUCUGUAGCUGUAUGGAAGCAAGCAGUAGGGGAACAUCUCUUAGCAAAAAGUCUAACUCAACACUCACUUUCCGUUCUGGAACAAAACAAUAGGAUCAGAGUUAAGACCUUCUAAGAGUUUCUCUCAUUUAAGCAUGAGACUUACACUACAUAUAAUUAAAGACUUACAUGAGAGCUUACAACGCAUCUAGAACUAUGCUAGACACUGUCAAUAGACAAGAUACGCCAUGCGACACGAUCCCUACCUUUAGAGAGAUUAGCAUCCUUUAGAGAAGACAGGGACAUGUGCAAGAAAGAGAACCUCACCAGACAGCAUUCAGUAAAACAGCACGAUGACCUCACAGGACAGUGUCUGGGCUCCUUCAGAGACCCAUAAAUUCCUGUGCGUCAGUGAAUGCAUGAUGACGGAAAUAACAGCGGUUCCUCCGUGCACACAGCUCCUGCUUCUGAUCAGCCCAUUGGCAGAAAAGUUCAUAGCAAGCCGAGUUAGGGAGGGUAUGCAAAAGAGAGAACCCAUGAAGUUCUUCUAAAUACAUUUUAUUUGCUGAAAUAAAACUAAAUCAACACACUGAA